AUGGAUGAAGAUUACGACGUUAUAGUUUUAGGUACUGGUUUAACAGAGUGUGUAUUAUCAGGCUUAUUGUCAGUUGAAGGAAAGAAGGUUUUACACAUUGAUAGACAAGAUUUUUAUGGUGGUGAAUCAGCUUCAUUAAAUUUAUCACAAUUAUAUUCAAAAUUUAAACCUUCAGCACAAAAACCUCAAUUAAAUGGUAGAGAUAGAGAUUGGUGUAUAGAUUUGAUUCCAAAAUUUUUAAUGGCAAAUGGUGAGUUGACUAAAAUUUUGAUUUCAACUGAUGUUACAAGAUAUUUAGAAUUUAAACAAAUUGCUGCAAGUUAUGUUUAUAGAAAUGGAAGAAUUGCAAAAGUUCCUUCAAAUGCAAAAGAAGCAUUAGCUUCAAGUUUAAUGGGUAUAUUUGAAAAAAGAAGAAUGAAGAAGUUCCUUGAAUUUAUACAAAAUUGGGAUGAUGAUAAUGCUUCAACUCAUUUACAUUUUGAUUUAGAUAAAAAUACAAUGAAUGACAUUUAUACAUAUUUUGGUUUAGAAAAUGGUACAAAAGAUUUUAUUGGACAUGCAAUGGCUUUAUGGUCAACUGAUGAUUAUUUAAAUGAAGUUGCUAGACCAACUUAUGAAAGAAUUUUAUUAUAUGCACAAUCAGUUGCAAAAUAUGGAAAAUCACCAUAUUUGUAUCCAUUAUAUGGUUUAGGUGAAUUACCACAAGGUUUUGCAAGAUUAUCAGCAAUUUAUGGUGGUACUUAUAUGUUAGAUACUCCAAUUGAAGAAAUUUUAUAUGAUGGUGAAGGCCCAGAUAAAAAAUUUGCAGGUGUUGUUACAAAAGAAGGUAAAGCUAAAGCUCCAAUUGUUAUUGCAGAUCCAACGUAUUUUCCUGAAAAUGUUAAAAGAACAGGUCAAAAGGUUAUUAGAGCUAUAUGUAUAUUAGAUCAUCCAAUUCCAGGUGUUGAAUUAGAUUCAUUACAAUUAAUAAUUCCACAAAAUCAAGUUGGUAGAAAACAUGAUAUUUAUGUAGCUGUAUUAUCAGAUGUUCAUUGUGUUGUACCAAAAGGUUAUUAUUUAGCAAUUGUUUCAACUAUAAUUGAAACUGAUGCUCCACAUGUUGAGUUAGAACCAGCUUUUAAAUUAUUAGGACCAAGAUUAGAUACAUUAAUGGGAAUUGCAGAAUUAUAUGAACCAAUUGAAGAUGGUACAAAGAAUGGGAUUUAUUUAUCAAAAAGUUAUGAUGCCUCAUCACAUUUUGAAUCUACUACAGAUGAUGUUAAGGAUAUUUAUUUUAGAAUUACUGGUAAACCUUUAGAAUUGAAGAAAAGACCAACUCAAGAAGAAGAGGAAUUAAAUGCUUCAUAA